AUGGCGAGCAGUGGAGGAGAGAGCUCCAGUUCCGGCGAGGAAGCAAAGGGUAAGAUGUCGGAAUAUGAGAAGCAGAGGUUUUCAAGGAUCGCUGAGAACAAAGCCAGAUUGGAAGCUCUGGGCAUCUCUAGUGCCGCCAAGGCUCUUGUGGGUUCGAGAAAACUCAGAGGAAAACGGAAUUCCGGCGAAGAAGACGAUGACUAUAGACCCGGAGAGGCCGAUGGUGAUGAGGACGAUGAAGAUGACGAUGAGGAAGAAGAAAUCGACGACGGUGAAUAUGAUGACGAAGACGAGGAACUUCUGGGGAAUUCAACUUGUAAAAGAAAGAAGAAGAAGAGCUCGGCAUCAAAGAGAAAAGUGAUAUCUCCUGGAAUGGAUGAAGAUGAAGAAGAAGAUGAUGAUGACUUAAAGAAGGCAAUAGCGCUUUCCCUACAGGACUCUGUAGCAGGAGGCUCUAGUAGCAAGAGAAUGAGAAACGAUCAAGAAGCAGCAACUUGGAAGAAGAAAAAGCCAGAUUUGGUGAGCAAGAUGCAGAUGACAGAGGACGAAUUGCUCAUAUACUUCUAUCAGUUUGAUGAUGCUGGAAAAGGUUUCAUUACUCUGAGGGAUGUGGCCAAAUUGGCGAGCUUGCACGAUUUCACAUGGACAGACGAGGAUUUACAAGACAUGAUUCGCUGCUUUGACUUGGAUAAAGACGGAAAGCUAAGCUUGGAUGAGUUCAGGAAGAUUGUUACGCGAUGUCGCAUGCUGAAAGAAUCUUGA